AUGUGCGCGUCUUGAGAGAGAGAGAGAGAGAGAGAGGAUAUGUCAAUGUCCAAGAAGAAGAUGAGCGACAUGGAAUCGUACCCACCGGUUCUGAGGCGUCUAAUAAGCGAAACGGAAGAUAAUCCGGAGGAAGCUCCUGUUCUUAACCGGGACAAGGAUAUCCCCAUCCCGGUCAUCGACCUGGAGUGUUUGGACGCGGAGCUGCUGCGGGGAGCAUGCAGGGACUGGGGAAUAUUCCGUCUACAGAAUCACGGGAUACCGUUGACGGUGACGUCACGGCUGCAGGGGAUCUCGAAGGCGCUGUUGAGUCUGCCGUUCGAAACCAAACAGUUGAUGACGUCACCGGUCUCAUACUUCUGGGGGACACCUGCCUUGACUCCGUCGGGGAGUGCCCUUGGGAGGGGCACUGCUGACGUCAUCAACCUGGUCGAGGGCUUCAACGUUCCUCUCUCCCAUCUCCGAGACGAUGCUCAUCGUCAGCAUCAGCAUCCAUUGCUCGAGCCUUUCAGAGAAUUGAUGGAUGAAUACGGGAGGCACCUAAGUAGGGUUGCAGAGACAUUAUUCGAAGCGAUCUUACGAAACCUGAACCUAGAUAUCAAGAGAUCGGAGUAUCUGUCGGAGGCGACGGGCCUCGUCCGAGUGUACAGGUAUCCGGGGAUCUCGGGAGAGGCCUUGGGGAUGGAGGUUCACACCGACAGUUCGGUCCUAUCGAUAUUGAGCCAGGACCAAGUGGGUGGGCUUGAGUUCAUUAAAGAUGGUGAGUGGUUCCAUGUCCAGCCUCUUCCCAACACCCUCAUCGUCAAUCUUGGAGAUAUGAUGCAGGCGAUAAGCAACGACGAGUACAGGAGCGUGGAGCACAGAGUGGGGAUGAGGAAGGGGAGAGAGAGACAGUCGAUAUGCUACUUCGUGUUCCCGGAGAAGGACAGAGUGAUAGAGUCGUCUCGUUACAAGCCUUUCACUUACUCCCAGUUCCAAGCGCAGGUCCAGCUCGACCUCCACUCCCUCGGCUCCAAGGUGGGCCUCCCCAGGUUCCUAGCCUCUCCCCCCUCCUAGCUCCUCUCUGCCUCUCUCUCCUAUCAUAUCAUAAAUGCUGCCUUGUUCAAACAAUAUCUUUAUAUAUAUGCACUCCUUCAACAUCACCUUCUCAAUGUUAUUCCAAUUCUUCUUAAAAUUUUGCGUCUUAGAAAAACGAAACCAAGCGACAAACUAUUACCUUGAUAGGAAAAAAAAAAAAACGAUGGAAUAUGAUUGUCUUAUUUAUUUGUCGUAAACAAAUCAAACGAAAACUGACGGCCGGAUACUAUUGUAGGCCCAUAAUAAAGGCCCAGACCCAUUAUUUUAGGCCCAUAUUUGAGGCCCAAUCGCAGGAGAAGUCUUAACACGCCAUUUCAUUCUCACCCACAAGAUUCAAACGUUUCCUGUAUGGUUUUUCCCCAUCCUCGUAUCCACAAUAAUCUCCUCGCCAAUCUUGUUCUUCCUUCAGUGUUGGCAUGGCAACCCCCUUCCCCCAAAAAAAAAAAAAAAAAAAAAAAA